AUGGAGCGAAUUGCCGUGCCUGAGCAACGAGACCGAGUAUGCACUGGUUCAGUAGGAGAGAAGUUUAUCGUUCGAACCUCCACUUCACGAGGAUCAAUGCGAGAAGCACUGACAAAAGCAAUUAGGUCCACUCUCAGGCGCACCUCAACUGAGAAAUCUCAAAAUUCAAAUACUACCUGCGCAGCUGCACACAAAAGCCUUUCCGAUCUGAAAGGAUUAGUAGAAAGAAAAUCUUCGCGUGACAACCUCCACGCCCGCGAUGUUAUGUCCCAAAGUUUAAUCAAUCAAUCAUCCUACUCUGUUUGUGAGGAGUGUUCUGUGCACACAUCGCCAAGUCUUUCUACCCUAAGAGAUUUCAAUAUGCUGGAUUAUGAUGAUACCAAAUCAACUGUUUCGACUGCGUCAACUAGCCGUGUCUGCUGUAAAGACGUAUAUCCGAAGCGCUACAAAGCACACAACCUACGUAGCUUCUUGAACUCGCCAGGUAUGUUAUGUUUUUUGUAA